AAACUGAGAAUUUUAUUUAUUUCAAGCACGUAAAAAUGAUAACAGACAAAUUUAAAUGAUACAUGUAUCAUCUAUAGAUAAGCACAGACAUGUAUGUACACAUAAUGUACUUUAUUAUAAAUGCAGUUAUUUUAUUGAUACACUUUUUUUAAAUAAACAACAGUUUAAAAAGGGGAGUGGGAGAAAGAAAAAAUUUAUUUAUUCCCACUCCUAGGUUUUAUACAAAUGAAUCCAUGUGUAUCACUAUUUUCUUUUCUGUCCAUUAUUCAUUCAUGUCAUUGACCACAAAUACACCAUAACCUACAUCAAAACCUAUUACACGAAUUACAUGUUAGUAGUCUUUAUACUUGGAUUACUUAACCUUUCCUGUUUAGAGCAUUUUCUCUUUAUAUUUACUUUUAAAACAGUUUAUAUCCAAACCUGGUCAGAUCUGACGCAGCUCUGCUGCCCCCCUGUGGAGCUGAGAGGAACCGAAGAAAUCUUGGAUUAUUCGUCAUGGGAGCUAAACUGCCAUCUGUCGACUCAGCGAGGUACUGCAACAACAAAGUACAUUUAAACGCUCAAAAUGUGUUUCGACAUUUUUAAAGUAUUAAUAUGUGUGACCAAUUUUAUUCCAUUUUUAAUGUUACAAGUUUUUUUUAUGUUUUUUUUUACCGAACAAUACAAGUUACUUUAAAAUGAGUAACUAUUGAUAAACCACUGUUUGAAACUAAAUAUUUCAAUAAACUACAAAUAAAAAAUAAAACUAUUUAAAAUUUUAUGUAACAAGAGUAAGGUUAAAUAAGAAAUUGGAUUGAAAAUACGCAACGAAUCUGGGUGUGAGCCAAUGGAUGAAGAGAGAUUUUAUCUAUGGGCGUGGCUGGAAAAGCCCGAGGGCCAAUGAGAAGGCCGUCACUGUGUGGAGCUGCGGAAAGGCCAACCGCGCUGACCAAUCACAGGGCUCCCUGAAGGGCACCCGUCUCCGCGUGAGUGAGAGCUGGUCGGGCGGGCAGGGAGAGGGGGGCACAAGCCGAAUGGUGGAGCUGAAGAUGGCGGAUGGCGACAGCGGGAGUGAGCGCGGAGGAAGCAGCGGCGGCGGCGGCUUCCAGCACCUCCAGCGGGACCAGGAGACGCAGGAACUGGCGUCCAAGCGCCUCGACAUCCAGAACAAGCGGUUCUACCUGGACGUGAAGCAGAACAGCAAAGGCAGGUUCAUCAAGAUCGCCGAGGUCGGGGCCGGGGGCUCCAAAAGUCGCUUGACCCUCUCGCUGUCAGUCGCGGCGGAGUUCCGGGACUACCUCGGGGAUUUUAUCGAGCACUACGCCCAGUUGGGGCCUAGCAGCCCGGAGCAGAUAGCCCAGGCCACCGCGGGGGAGGACGGCGGGCCCCGGCGGGCUCUGAAGAGCGAGUUUCUGGUCCGGGAGAACCGCAAGUACUACCUGGACUUGAAGGAGAACCAGCGGGGGAGGUUCCUGCGGAUCCGGCAGACGGCCAACCGCGGACCGGGCUUCGGGGUCGGGGGCCCGAUGGGCGGCAUGGUCUCCGGCCAGACCAUCGCCCUCCCGGCGCAGGGCUUGAUAGAGUUCCGGGACGCCCUGGCGAAGCUCAUAGACGACUACGGGGGGGACGACGACGAGCUGACGGGGGGCUCCGCGGCGGGGGGGCCCGCGGAGCUGCCGGAGGGCACCUCCAUCACGGUGGACUCCAAGCGCUUCUUCUUCGACGUGGGCUCCAACAAAUACGGCGUGUUCCUGCGGGUGAGCGAGGUGAAGCCGAGCUACAGGAACUCCAUCACCAUCCCCCUCAAAGCCUGGAGCAAGUUCGGAGGCGCCUUCUGCAGGUACGCCGAGGAGAUGAAGGAGAUCCAGGAGCGCCAGCGGGACAAGAUGUACGAGAGGAGGGACGAGUCCGAGGGCGACGACCCGGACGACGAAUGAGGCGCGCGGGAGGACGGACGGACGGGCGGGCGGGCGCGCGCGCCGCUCCAUGACAGAAACCGUGCAUGACGAUUCGUGCUGUAAUAGCCUUCUACAGUAUUGUGGCGUAAACAGUAAGUGUGCAGGGAAUUAUCGGUGUUUUAGGGUUGGAGUGGUUGUGUGAAUCCCUGAAAGUGAAACGUGUUAACAUGACGUGUGUCAAAAAAAAAGAGUCAUGAUUUAUUUUUCUCAAGAAAAAAAAGUAAAGACGUAAAGGAGGAGAGUUUCGGGGUUUCCGGCUCACUUUGAGCAUCCAGGUAGUUUUGCAGGCAGGGUCUCUGCAGCAGCUCAGCGGGAGGAGUGCUGCCCCCUAGUGGACGCUGGGAUCAGCAGCCCUGAGCUGUCAGUGCAGCAUCUGCAGGCCAUUCAUCAGAAAAGAUUACCCCAAAUGUCUGAGGAUUAGCUGUAAGCCCAAACAGGAAGACCGGACCCAGUUCAGAUCAGCAGAGAGGGAUUCUGGCCGGUUUCUGGAGAAUCCGGCGCCGCUGCGGUGGGGGACCAGACCCCCGUCUUACCAAGAGGACGGCACAUGAGGGACUAAAACAGCUCCAAGGGUCCAAACGGCGGUCAGUCGGCCGAAGAACGCCGCCUCCUGAGUUUUUCCAAUCGGCUUCAAAGCGCCGGACAGAACCAGACUAACACACUGUCAGAUCUGGGACAGAAACUCGUUCAUGGAUUUUUUUUUAAUUGUUUGUUUGUUUUCCAAAAGAGAACUAUAUUAAAACAAAGUUCUAAUUAUAAAAAAAAGUAUUAUCAGACCAGCAAAAGAUAUUUUCAAAUACUUAUAAAUUGUUAUUGUCUAAAGAAGAUCUAAGACUGCAAAUAAAACAAAGUUACUUUCUUAAAGGACA